AUGCCACAUAAAGACACUAGUGACUGGCAUACUUGGGAGGUACGUUCGCCCGAGGAACGACGAAGAGCGCGAAAUGAAAGCCUGCUUAUGCUCAAAGCGCAGCACGGUUAUCUUGUAGCAACAGUAUAUGAUGGACGUCUGAUAUACGACAAAGGAGUCCAACUCAGUCCCGAGGGUAGAGUGCUUGAUGCAGGAACGGGGACAGGAGCAUGGAUUACAGGCCUAGCGAAAGAAGUUCCCGAAAGUGUCCAGCUUGUCGGUACAGACAUAUCACCUGCACUGUUUCCAAAGUCAUUCCCCAGCAAUGUUUGCUUUGUCGCGAAUUCUACAACCAACCUUCCGGCCUCGUGGAGUUCCACAUUUGACUUUGUCCAUCAACGUGCCAUGGUAGGCGCGUUUACGUCCUCAGACUGGGUUGCGGCUAUGUCAGAACUCUAUCGAGUUCUCAAACCCGGUGGCACGGCGCAAAUCGUGGACUUCACCGAGCCAUUCCCUUCAGGCGAUAACUUGCAGGCGGUCGAGAAAAUGACGACAUUGUUCGCAGAGGUUCUACGAUCCCGAGGAUUUCUAACUAAUUCGGCUGAGCAUAUCCCAGAGCUUAUGCGGAACGUCGGCUUUACUGAUAUUCGAGUGGAGAUCCGAGGUGCACCAAUUGGAAAUAAUUGGGGUGAAAUCGCCCGGAUCGGCACCGACAACUUAUUAAUGGGAUUAAGGUCAGUCGGAAAGCUUGCGAUACCAGAAGGAGGAUUUGCGUUGGUCAAGACAGAGGAAGACGUUGAUGCGCUUUUCGAUUCAGGGCGUAAAGAGCUCGACGAAGGCGAGGGUGUGUCUUACAGUUUUGUUGUCAUCUUGGCGAGGAAACCGUUGCAGGAGUAA